GGCCGCGCCUUCACCGUGAGGUGCGGGAGGGCCCCGGCCGCAGCCGCCGCCGCCGGUUCCGGAUCCGCGGGGGAGAAGCCGCGGAGGGCGAUGGCUUCUAUAGGUGCUGAUGCAAAAACAGCUUAGCAAUGGAUCAAAGAAAAAAUGAUAGUUUUGUCCCAAGUAUCACGCAGUUGGAAGACUUCCUGACAGAACAUGACUCCAACGUGGUUUGGCUGUUAGUGGCAACRAUAUUGUCCUGUGGAUGGAUUAUCUACCUAACUUACUAUAAUUCCCGGAACAUUGGACUCAUUUUAACAUUGGUUCUUAACAGAUUGUAUAAACAUGGCUACAUCCAUAUUGGUUCCUUUUCAUUCUCUGUGCUCUCUGGGAAAGUCAUGGUCCGUGAAAUCUAUUUCAUCACAGAGGACAUGUCCAUCAGAAUUCAGGAUGGAUUUAUCAUAUUUCGCUGGUGGAAGAUGUACAACCCUAAGCAGAAGCAGCACGAUCCAAAGGCAGAAACACGACUCUAUAUUAUGGUGAAUGAUUUUGAAUUUCACGUGUACAACCGCUCUGAGCUUUAUGGUCAACUUCAAGAACUGUUUGGCUUGGAUCCCACAAUCAUUCCAGCAAAGAAAGAUGAUGAGAGAGCCCAWGUAAAUGGGAGGCAGAGAACACACGCCAAUCUUGAAAGUGUUAAAGUCAAAACAGAAUCUCAAGACCCUUCCUCUUCAUGGAGAUCACUUAUUCCAGUCAUUAAAGUCAAUGUGAGCACGGGUCGCUUGGCUUUUGGGAAUCAUUAUCAACCACAAACACUUUGCAUUAACUUCGAUGAUGCCUUUUUGACWUACACCACAAAACCACCUUCAAGCCACCUUGAUCAGUUCAUGCACAUCGUGAAGGGAAAAUUGGAAAAUGUUCGAGUCAUGCUGGUUCCAAGUCCAAGAUAUGUUGGUCUUCAAAAUGAUGAACCACCAAGGCUGAUGGGUGAAGGUUUUGUUGUAAUGCAGUCCAAUGAUGUUGAUAUUUAUUACUACAUGGAUGAACCAGGUCUUGUACCRGAGGAGACAGAGGAAAGUAAUGAUGGAGAAGCCAGCAAUGAAGACAGCAAAUUACAGGAUCUGCCACCAUGCUGGGGUUUGGACAUUGUGUGUGGAAAAGGGACAGACUUCAACUAUGGGCCUUGGGCUGAUAGGCAGAGGGAUUGCUUGUGGAAGUUUUUCUUCCCACCAGAUUACCAAGUUAUGAAAGUCUCAGAAAUUGCUCAGCCUGGGAAACCAAGGCAGAUCCUUGCUUUUGAGCUGCGGAUGAACAUCAUUGCAGAUGCCACCAUUGAUUUGCUUUUUACCAAGAACAGGGAAACAAAUGCUGUCCAUGUAAAUGUUGGUGCAGGAUCCUAUUUGGAAAUCAAUAUUCCCAUGACAGUMGGUGAAAAUGGCUAUUCACCCACAAUUAAAGGGCAGCUCCUCCAUGUGGAUGCCACCAGCAGUAUGCAGUACAGGACUCUUUUGGAAGCAGAAAUGCUGGCUUUCCAUAUUAAUGCCAGCUAUCCCCGGAUAUGGAACAUGCCACAGACRUGGCAGUGCGAGCUGGAGGUUUAUAAAGCAACCUAUCAUUUCAUCUUUGCUCAGAAGAGCUUCUUUACAGAUUUGAUCCAAGACUGGGCCAGUGACAGUGCACCUGAUAUUUUUUCAUUUGUUCCAUACAUGUGGAACUUCAAAGUCAUGUUCCAUCAGUUUGAGAUGAUUUGGGCAGCAAAUCAGCACAACUGGAUCGACUGUUCCACCAAACAACAGGAGAAUGUUUAUCUAGCAGCUUGUGGAGAAACCCUGAACAUUGUUUUUUCUCUGCCUUUCACUGACUUUGUUCCAACCACAUGCAAUACUAGAUUCUCCUUAAGGGGAGAAGAUGUUGAUCUUCAUUUGUAUCUACCAGAUUGUCAUCCUAGUAAAUAUUCCCUUUUUAUGCUGGUAAAAGAUUGUCAGCCCAAUAAAAUAAGUCCUGAGUCCUGUAUUUCUGCAGAAUGCCAAAGCAGUCAGAAAACGGGCAAACCCAAGUGGAGGAACAUUACUCAAGAAGAGGCUGGAUGGGUUGAAUGCUGGACAGUCCCGAGUGUUGUGUUUACAAUUGACUACUCCUGGCAYCCAAUUUAUCCUCAGAAGGCAGAUGAGCAGUUAAAACAAUCCUUGUCAGAAAUGGAAGAAACAAUGUUAUCUGUGCUAAGGCCAUCGCAGAAAACAACCGACAGUGUGAUUUCAUCUCCCACAGCUUCCACCCGCCUUCCCCUCGACCCCUCGGAGCUGCCCCCGGAUAAGCUCCACGUGGAGCUGGAACUCUCCCCAGAUUCCCAGAUAACCCUCUAUGGACCCUUGCUCAAAGCCUUUCUCUCCAUAAAGGAAAAUUAUUUUGGGGAAGAUGAUAUGUACACUGAUUUUGAAGAGGUUAUUUCGAGCCCUGUUUUGUCCCUGUCAACAUCCUCAAGCUCUGGCUGGACAGCUGUUGGAGUGGAAAAUGACAGAAGAGAAAAUGAAGGUUCAAUCAGGCCUGUUCACCCUCUUACUUUACGCCCGUGGGAUAUCACUGUGCUUGUUAAUUUGUACAAAGUGCAUGGGAGAUUGCCAGUGCAUUGYAGUCCAGAUGGUCCAGAGUGCCCUACAGCUUUCUUGGAGAGAUUGUGUUUCGAGAUGAAGAAAGGAUUUAGAGAAACAAUGCUUCAGCUUGUACUGUCUCCAGUGAAUUUGUUUCUGAAUGACAAUUAUCAGCGCCCUGCAGUGGAUGAAGUGCUCCGGGAGGGUCACAUCAGCCUGUCGGGCCUGCAGCUCCGUGCUCAYGCCAUGUUUUCUGCAGAAGGGCUGCCCCUGGGCAGUGAUACUUUGGAAUAUGCCUGGCUGAUUGAUGUGCAGGCUGGAAGCCUCACAGCCAAAGUYACAGCACCACAGCUCGCCUGUCUUCUGGAAUGGGGGCAGACCUUCGUGUUCCACGUGGUGUGCCGGGAGUUUGAGCUGGAGAGGCCCAAAUCCGUAAUCCUCUGCCAGCACGGGAUUGAUCGCCGCUUUUGUGACCCAAAGAUGAACUCUGUGCCUGGGCCAUGCCCAACAUCUGAUGACUUAAAAUACACAAUGACACGCUUAGCCAUGGAUGGAGCAGAUCUGUAUGUGGUAGARCAUGGCUGUGCCACCAAUAUCAAGAUGGGUGCCAUACGCAUUGCCAACUGCAACCUCCACAACCAGUCGGUCGGGGAAGGMGUCAGCGCUGCCAUCCAGGACCUUCAGCUCAGACAAUACGUUGAGCAGGUGAACAACUGCAGAACUGGCCUUCAGCCCAUCCUGAGGAGRGCAUAUUGGCUGGAAGCUGGCUCUGUCAACCUGGGCCUCAUCACUGCUGACAUUGCUUUGGCUGCAGAUCAUCCUUCCAAGCACGAAGUGCAGAGGCAUUUUUUGGAAACGCACGAUAACCGGACCAAGAGGUUGUGGUUUUUGUGGCCUGAUGAUAAUUUGAGAAAUAAGAGAAGCAAGAACAAGUGUGGCUGUCUCGGUGGUUGUCGAUUCUUCGGUGGCACCUUAACGGGACUGGAUUUUUUCAAACUUGAGGAACUGACACCUUCAAGCAGCUCUGCUUUCUCAAGCACAAGUGCAGAAUCUGAUAUGUUUUAUGGCCAGUCUUUACUGCAGCCAGGAGAAUGGAUAAUUACCAAGGAGAUUCCUAAAAUUUUAGAUGGUAAAGCAAAUGGUGUCAAAAGAAAAGAUUGGGACUGCAGAUCUACAGGUAUAGAAAUGGAAAGGAAAGCACAACACCUGAGCCUCCAAGUGCCCCUGCGCUCCCACAGCUCCUCAUCCUCUUCRGAGGAAACGAGCAGCUCUAGUGCUGCGCUGCCCUUGCUUGCAGGGGAGAAGGACAGCCCCUCAUCCACUGCUGAGGAUCACUUGGGACAGAAGGAGUUCCUGCCCAGUGCWAAAAGGGAAGAUGGCCAUGGAAGCAUCACUGUGGAGGGUGCAGAGGGCCGUCCUGCAUCCCCUGGCCCCCAGGAGAGGCCUGUGGGCCAAUCUCCCAUGAGAUCCCCCCUGAAAAGACAAUCGUCCGUGUGCUCCACCCGCCUGGGCAGCACCAAGAGCCUGACRGCCGCUUUCUACGGCGACAAGCAGCCGGUGCCCGUGGGAGUGCAGUUCAGCAGCGACGUGUCCCGCAGCGAUGAGAACGUCCUGGACUCUCCAAAGCAGAGGAGGAGCUUUGGCUCUUUCCCCUACACUCCAUCAGCAGAUUCCAACUCGUUCCACCAGUACCGCUCCAUGGAUUCCAGUAUGUCCAUGGCYGACAGCGAGGCGUAUUUUUCAGCUGCAGAAGAGUUUGAGCCAAUAAGCAGUGAUGAAGGGCCAGGAACCUAUCCAGGGAGGAAGAAGAGAAAAAAGCAAGCUCAGAAAGCUGARUACAGUAGGGGGUCCAUUUAUCACAGUGUGGAAGGGCCCUUAACAAGCACAAUCCAUGGAGAAAUUAGUCAAGAUAUGAAAACACUGCCAAUUAAGACUCAUCCUUCCCAGGCUUCAUUUGUUUCAGCUCUGGGAGGAGAUGAUGAGCACGUUGACAACAUGUAUGUCCUGGACUCUGAAAAGGCUGUGGAACGUGAGCAGAUAACUUCCCAGCAGCCUGUCAUGGCRUGUUACCAAAAUUACCUCACACAGUUCCAGGUGAUCAACUGGUCAGUAAAACAUCCAACUAACAAAAGAACUUCAAAAUCCUCAUUACAUCGCCCUUUAGACCUUGACACACCAACUAGUGAAGAAAGUUCAUCAUCUUUUGAGCAGCUCUCUGUCCCAACUUUUAAGAUUGUUAAACAGGGUCUCACAGCCAAUUCAUUACUGGACAGAGGCAUGCAGCUUACAGGAUCAACAUCUAACACACCUUACACUCCUUUGGAUAAGAAAUCUGCAGAGAAUACAGAUGAUGAAACCAUAACAGAGGAAUGGACAUUGGAUCACCCAGUCUUCCAGACACGGACAACGGCAAUAGUGGAAGUAAAAGGAACUGUAGAUGUAGUUCUGACUCCUCUUGUAGCAGAGGCACUGGAUAGGUACAUCGAGGCCAUGGUGCACUGUGCCAGCUCCCGGCACCCCGCAGCCAUCGUGGAUGACCUGCACUGCAAGGUCCUGAGGGAUGCUGUGCAGAACAGCAAGACCAGCUUCUCUGAAAAUUUAUCUUCAAAGCAGGACAUCAGAGGAACAAAAAUAGACACCACCACGACAGGMACAACAAACCAGGGACCAGCACAGACCAAUCUCUCGCUUAAGCAAGAYAAUGUGACAAUUAAAGGCCUUCAGGCCAAUGUGACUGUUCCAAAGGUGAACCUGUGUUUACUACAAGCAUCUGUGGAUGAAUCCCCAGGAGUUUCUUCCAGUAAAACYGUGACUCACGUUUCCUUAGUAGCUUUGUGUUUUGAUAGAAUUGCCACUCAAGUUCGUAUGAACAGGGGUAUAGUUGAGGAGCCUUCGAACAAUGCAGAAACUGGRAGGAAUUCUGUCACGUUUGAUCGUUACAUCCAAACCAGCAAAAUGCAGCCCCAGUCUUCUGGCUCACUGAGAUCCAAUUCUGGAGCAGAAAAAGGCAAAGAAAUUGCUGCUAAAUUGAACAUCCAUCGUGUGCAUGGACAGCUUAGAGGCCUUGAUACAACAGAUAUUGGAACUUGUGCAAUAACAGCCAUUCCUUUUGGGAAAUCAAAAGUUCUUUUUACUUUGGAAGAGUUGGAUGAGUUUACUUUUGUGGAUGAAACCGAUCAACAAGCUGUUCCAGAUGUAGCUCGRAUUGGUCCUAGUCAAGAGAAGUGGGGUUGGAUAAUGUUUGAGUGUGGAAUUGAAAAUUUAACUAUAAAAGGGGGAAGACAGUCUGGGGCAGUGUUGUAUAACACAUUCGGAGUCAUGGGUAAAUCAAGAGACACAGAGAGAGGUGGAUUGCUUGCAUCAAACAACUCUUCAGAUUCCCCAACUGGCAGUGGUUACAACACUGAUGUGUCUGAAGAUAACCUCCCUUGUGACAGAAUAAGUCCCUCUUCAGAUAUUAAUGGAAAUUCAGUUUCAGACGAGCAGGAUGAAGGUGUUGAAUCUGAUGAUCUGAAAAAAGAUAUCCCCUUGAUGCCUCCUCCCCCUGACUCCUGCAGCAUGAAGCUGACAAUCAAAGAAAUUUGGUUUAGUUUUGCAGCCCCUACCAAUGUGCGAUCUCCAGCCCAUAUAUAUUCAAGGCAGCUGAACCUCCUGAGCACUGCAACGCCUGCAGUUGGUGCUUGGCUUGUUCCCAUUGAUCAGGUGAAAUCUUCGUUAAAUAAACUGGAAACGGAAGGAACCCUGCGAAUCUGUGCUGUUAUGGGGUGYAUUAUGACAGAAGCWCUGGAGAAUAAAAGUGUSCACUUCCCUCUGAGAAGCAAGUACAACAGACUUACCAAAGUGGCUCGUUUCUUGCAAGAAAAUCCUUCUUGUUUACUCUGUAAUAUAUUGCACCAUUAYCUUCAUCAAGCCAAUUACUCCAUUAUUGAGGAUGCCACUAUGAGYGAUGGCCUUCCUGCCUUAGUGACCUUAAAGAAAGGUCURGUUGCCUUAGCAAGGCAGUGGAUGAAGUUCAUAGUGGUAACCCCAGCCUUUAAAGGAGUCAGCUUGCACAGACCAGCCCAACCAAUGAAACUGCAGCCAAAUGCCCUCCACGAGCAUGAGGAUGGACUUGGACUGGACAAUGGAGGGGGCCUUCAAAGUGACACCAGUGCUGAUGGAGCAGAGUUUGAAUUCGAUGCAGCUACUGUGAGUGAGCACACGAUGCUCCUGGAAGGAACAGCCAACCGCCCUCCCCCUGCCAGCGCCUCCGGGCCUGUCACUGGUGCUGAGAUCAUGAGGAAGCUGUCCAAGACUCACACUCACAGUGAUUCUGUGCUGAAAAUCAAGGGCAUCCAUCCAUAUCAUUCCUUGAGUUACACCAGCGGAGAUACAGCCACGGAUUCACCAGUGCACGUUGGCCGCUCYGGAAUGGGAGUCAGGGAAAGUCCAAGGAAAGAAAGUCUGCUCAGCUAUCUCACUGGCAGUUUUCCUAGCCUGCACAAUCUUCUGGAAGGGACUCCUCAAAGAAGUUCAUCUGCAGUUAAAAGUAGUUCUUUAACACGAACAGGAAAUACCGUGGCCACAGACAUGUUGUCUGAACACCCUCUGCUGUCAGAGCCCUCCUCUGUGAGUUUCUAUAACUGGAUGUCCAAUGCUGURGGCAACAGGGGAAGUGUCGUGCAGGAAAGUCCAGCCACCAAGUCUGGCCACAACAGCCUUCCAACAGGUGUGGCACCCAAUCUUCCCACUAUCCCCUCUGCUUCAGACUUCAACACAGUUCUGUCCAGUGACCAGAACACCCUGGAUGGCACCCACUCGCAGCACAGCACCAGCCAGGAUGACAUUGCAGGGGUAGAAGAGGGAAACCAGGGCUUUCCUGCUGUCCAGCUGGCAGAUGCACAGGUUGUUUUCAAACCUCUGCUAAGUUACACAGGAAUUCAGUCCCAGGAUGCGAUGCCCCUGUGCUACAGAAUGUACUUUGGAGAGUACCUCUCUUUCUCAGGAACUCUGGACUGCCUCAGGGCAGAUAUUGUUGAUUCAGACACAGCAAAGGAAAGGAAAAGCAAGCGAGCCCGAAGGCAAGGAGCUGUCAAUCUUCCUCCUCUGGAAUUCAAGCCAGCUUUGAUGUUAGAGACUUUCAGCAUUAGUGCCGUGGUGAUGGAGAAAUCCAUGUGCACCCCUCACAACUCCACCAACGCCCUUUCCUUCCAUGACUUGAACAAGCGCUAUUACAACACCUUUCACUGCAAUUUUACCAUUUCCUGCCARUCCAUCAGCCAGCACGUGGACAUGGCCCUGGUGAGGCUGAUCCAUCAGUUCAGCACCAUGAUCGAUGACAUCAAGGCCACUCAGACAGACAUCAAACUGAGCAGGUACACGGCUGGCUCGGCCUCCCCGACCCCCACCUUCAAAACGCGCAAGCACAGAGACUUCCGCUCGUCGGACUUCAGCCGCAGCUCCCGAGGGAGCCUCAACGGGGGCACCAGGGUUAACAACACCAAGAACAAGCGAACCAACAACGAGAACAACAAGAAAGAGUCACGGAAUAAGAAUUCCCUGGGGAGGUCCGAGCGGAGGACUUCCAAAGUGUCCAGGAAAGGCUCCAAAGAUGUGGUUGACCAYGUGGCGAUCCAUAUGGAUGACUCGGACUCCAUUACCGUGUCGGAGCAGAGYGAGCCCUCUGCUGAGUGCUGGCAAAAUAUGUAUAAACUAUUGAACUUCUAUUCACUCAUUUCUGAYCCAACUGGCAUCUUAGAAAAGUCUUCUGAAACUUUUGGGCCMACAGGUGUUCGAAGCCCCACUGAGCCUGCCUGCAGRGUGGUGUUUGAGAAUGAACAGGACAACGGCCGGAAGCGCAGCCUGGUGACCUCGGAGCCACAGCACGUCACCCUCAUCGUCUUUGGCAUAGGGAUGGUGAACAGAACCCACCUGGAGGCUGACAUUGGUGGCCUCACCAUGGAAUCCGAGCUGAAGAGAAUCCAUGGAAGCUUCACUCUGAAAGAAAAAAUGAAAGAUGUGCUCCAUCAAAAGAUGACUGAGACAUGUGCCACUGCUCACAUAGGAGGUGUCAAUAUCGUCCUGCUGGAGGGAAUUACUCCAAAUAUCCAACUGGAGGAUUUUCCUACAUCUCCUACAAGCACAGCCAAACAAGAGUUUCUAACCGUGGUGAAGUGCAGCAUUGCCAAAUCACAGGCCCUGUACAGUGCUCAGAGGGGGCUGAAAACCAACAACGCAGCCGUGGUGAAGGUGGGGGCCAUCAGCAUCAACAUCCCGCAGCACCCGGCCACGCUGCACAGCAUGAUGGUGCGCAGCUCCCACCAGCUCUCCAAGCAGAUCUCCGACCUCAUCCGCCAGCCCUCCACCGCGCCCCAGCCAGCCAAAGAAGAYGUGGCCACUCCUCUGCCCUCUGAGAAAACUCCAACGAGCAUCAAUCAAACGCCGGUUGAAACCAAUGAGUUCCCCCAGCUGCCAGAAGGCUUGGAGAAGAAGCCCAUAGUGCUUAAAUUCAGUGCCAUGAUAGAUGGGAUAGCUAUUGGAGCAGCGCUCUURCCCUCCCUGAAGGCAGAAUACAAGAUGGGAAGAAUGAGGAGCCAUGGAAUGACAGGUGCCCAAACCAGAUUCAAUUUUGAGCUUCCAAACCACAGACUGCGCUUCACUUCAAAAGUUUCUGCCACGGACAUGUCAACCAUUCCUCCUUCAGCCAGUCUCAACCUCCCUCCUGUCACCAUGUCAGGGAAAUAUGUCAUGGAAGAGCACGACACUUACUCUGACCAGAUUUGGAGCAUUGAUGAGCUCCCUGCCAAGCAAGGCUACUAYCUGCAGGGCAACUACCUGCGCUGUGUGGCUGAGGUUGGCUCUUUUGAACAUAAUCUCACAACUGAUCUUCUAAACCAUUUAGUGUUUGUACAGAAAGUGUUUAUGAAGGAAGUAAAUGAGGUCAUACAGAAGGUUUCAGGAGGGGAGCAGCCAAUACCUCUUUGGAAUGAGCACGAUGGCACAACAGAUGGAGAAAAACCAAAAAUUCUUCUUUACUCACUGAGCCUGCAGUUUAAGGGAAUUCAAGUGACAGCUACAACUCCCUCGAUGCGCGCUGUGAGGUUUGAAACGGGAUUGAUAGAACUUGAGCUCUCCAACAGACUGCAAACCAAAGCAAUGCCUGGAAGUAGCAGCUACCUCAAACUGUUUGGAAAAUGCCAGGUGGAUUUGAAUCUGGCUUUGGGACAGAUUGUUAAACAUCAGGUUUAUGAAGAAGCUGGUUCAGACUUUCAUCAAGUUGCCUAUUUCAAGACAAGAAUUGGACUAAGAAAUGCUCUCAGAGAAGAAAUCAGUGGCUCAUCAGACAGGGAAGCUGUGCUCAUUACUUUGAACAGACCCAUUGUUUUUGCCCAGCCCGUGGCCUUUGACAGAGCUGUGCUGUUCUGGCUGAACUACAAGGCGGCGUAUGACAACUGGAAUGAGCAGAGAAUGGCUUUACAUAAAGAUAUUCACAUGGCCACAAAAGAAGUGGUAGAUAUGCUGCCUGGAAUCCAGCAAACCUCUGCACAGGCUUUUGGGACACUGUUCCUUCAGCUGACUGUCAAUGACUUAGGAAUUUGCCUGCCCAUCACAAACACACCCCAGUCUAACCACUCUGCAGAUCUUGACACUGGCUCUGCUUUAGUCCUGACUAUUGAAAGCACACUCAUCACUGCCUGCUCUUCAGAGUCUUUAGUUAGCAAAGGUCAUUUUAAAAACUUCUGUAUCCGCUUUGCUGAUGGCUUUGAGACAAGUUGGGAUGACUGGAAACCAGAAAUACGAGGAGAUCUAGUCAUGAAUGCAUGUGUUGUGCCAGAUGGUACCUAUGAAGUUUGUUCUAGGACAACAGGACAAGCUGCCGCAGAAAGUAGUAGUGCUGGAACCUGGACCCUGAAUGUGUUGUGGAAGAUGUGUGGUAUUGAUGUCCACAUGGAUCCAAACAUUGGGAAAAGACUGAAUGCACUGGGCAACACCCUCACAACGCUGACAGGAGAGGAGGAUAUUGAUGACAUCGCUGACCUCAACUCUGUGAACAUAGCUGACCUCUCAGAUGAGGAUGAAGUUGACACCAUGUCUCCCACUAUACAUGCAAAAUCAGGUGGAGGUUCCUUGGGUGGAGAUGCACGCAAGCUCACAUUUGGGCAGAGGAUUGUAAAUCACCUGCUGGGUUUGAGCCCCCCAACCCACCGAUACUCUGUUCCUGUAGAAUAUCUCUUGGGCUCAGCGAAGCGGGAUUUGCUCCAGUCUAGCAGAGCACAAAUGAAAGCAGGCAGAUCCUGCUCAUGGGGACAUGAAAUUGUUGAUCACCGGCGGCAGGGAUCCUCCAGUAUCCAAACUGGAGAACAGCGAGGAAGGAAAUUUAUGAAACGUUUAGUUGAUAUCAGAGAACUCAAUGAGCAAGCUAAAGUCAUUGAUGACUUAAAAAAAUUAGGAGCAAGUGAAGGGACCAUAAACCAAGAAAUUCAGCGCUAUCAGCAGCUGGAGUCGGUGGCUGUCAACGACAUCCGCAGGGAUGUCCGCAAAAAGCUCCGCAGAUCCAGCAUGAGGGCUGCUUCCUUGAAAGACAAGUGGGGUCUCAGCUACAAACCCAGCUACAGCCGCUCUAAGAGCAUUUCAGCAUCAGGCAGGCCACCUCUGAAGAGAAUGGACAGAACAAGCUCUCGACUGGGAGACAGCGAAGACCUCCCAGAUAUCCGUGUGGAUGCUGCAUCCCCUGGGCCUAGAGUAACCUUCAACAUACAAGAUUCUGUAAGAAUUGCUUUCUCUGCCAUCUAAUUGCAUUCCCUGUGCCAUUUGGUCACAAUAUCAUGAGAUAAUGAUAUCCAGGCAGGCCUGAAUUGUUCUUACAGUUUUGUGUGCCAGUUGCUGUUARUGUUUGCCUCAAAUUUUGGAUUUGYUUUUGGAAGAUUGUCUUGUUUCAUUACAAGACAGAUGUACUUUAGUUUCUUAGCACAGAAAUUAAUUGAACCAUGAGAGAAAAAUAUUUUAACAUGGCUUGAUUUAUUUUUUAGGCUUACA